AUGAGGUUCUUCGCUCUGGUCCUGGCCUCCCUCGCUGCUGCUAAGGUUCGAGGGCACCCGUCCUCGCCACCUGCGGUGGACACCGUGCAUGACAAAGUCCUGGGAAAGUAUGUCAGCUUAGAAGGAUUUGCACAGCCUGUGGCUGUUUUCCUGCGAAUCCCUCUUGCCAAGCCCCCUCUUGGAUCCCUGAGAUUUGCUCCACCGCAGCCUGCAGAGUCCUGGAGCUUCAUGAAGAAUACCACCUCUUACCCUCCUAUGUGCUCCCAAGACACAGUGUCAGGACAGGUGACCUCGGAACUCAUUACCAACAGAAAGGAGAGCAUUCCCCUCAAGUUUUCUGAAAACUGUCUUUACCUAAAUAUUUACAUCCCCGCUGACUUGACGGGGAAGAGCAGGCUGCCGGUGAUGGUAUAGAUCCAUGGAGGUGGUCUGGUGCUAGGCGGGGCAUCAUCAUACGAUGGGCUGGCCCUGUCUACCCAUGAAGGUGUGGUGGUAGUGACCAUUCAGUAUCACCUAGGGAUCUGGGUAUUCUUCAGCACUAGGGAUGAGCACAGCCAAGGGAACUGGGGUCUCUUGGACCAGGUGGCUGCACUGCACUGGGUCCAGGAGAACAUUGCCAACUUUGGAGGGAACCCGGGCUCGGUGACCAUCUUUGGAGAGUCUGCAGGAAGUGAAAGUGUCUCUGUUCCUGUUUUAUCUCCUCUGGCCAAGAACCUCUUCCACUGGGCCAUUUCUGAGAGUGGCGUGGCCCUCACUGCUGUCCUCAUCAAGAAUGAAAGCAGGUCCGCAGCCGAGAAAAUUGCUAUCUUGGCUGGGUGUAAAACCACCACCUCUGCUGUCAUGGUUCACUGCCUGCGCCAGAAGACAGAAGAGGAACUCUUGGAGACGUCGCUCAAGAUGAAAUUCUUCACUUUUGAUUUACUUGGAGACCCCAGAGAGAAAUUCAACAACGUCCCCUACAUUGUUGGAAUCAACAAGCAAGAGUUUGGCUGGCUUCUUCCAACAAUGAUGGGCUACCCACUCUCAGAAGGUGAUCUGGACCAUAAGACGGCUGCAUCACUCUUGUGGAAAUCCUACCCCCUUGUUCUAAGAGCCAUCCCUGAGGAACUGACUCCAGUGAUCACUGAGAAGUACAUAGGUGGGACAGAUGACCCUGCCAAAAAGAAAGACCUGUUCCUGGACAUCCUUGGAGAUGUACUAUUUUGUAUCACAUCUGUGACUGUGGCACGUCGUCACAGGGAUGCCGGAGCCCUCACCUACAUGUACGAGUUUCAGCAUUGCCCAAGCUUCUCAUCAGAGAUGAAACCCAAGACGGUGAUAGGAGAUCAUGGGGAUGAGCUAUUCUCUGUCUUCGGAGCCCCAUUUUUCAAAGACGGUGCCACAGAAGAGGAGGUCAAACUCAGCAGGAUGGGGAUGAAAUUGUGGGCCAACUUUGCUCGGAAUGGGAACCCCAAUGGAGAGGGGCUACCCCAUUGGCCAGCAUACGACCAGAAAGAAGGGUUGCAGAUUGGCAUCAGCACUAAGGCAGCUCAGAAGCUGAAAGACAAGGAAGUGACUUUCUGGACUGAUCUCCUGGCCAAGAAGGCAGCAGAGAAGUCACCACAGACAGAGCACACUGAGCUAUGA